AUGAACAUCGACGGUGCCGAGAAGCUUGAAGAGUGUGAAAGUUCACCUCUAUCAUGUGGCCCUCUGGAAAUGACCACUUCUGGUACUGAUCUUUCUCCCUUUAUCAAAACUGUUCAUGACUAUGGCAAAUUCAUAGCUGAGAUAGAGAAAGUAGUAUUCGGGAUGGUCUGCGAGACAGACCUUGACGCUAACGUGAACCCGAUCGCUCAUACAGACAAGAGCUUUUUGUCCUACUUGCACCAGAACAACAUUAGGGGCUUGGAAGUGAGGACCAAAGACGGGGAGUGGUUCACUUUCGAGCCCUCGGCUUCGACUUUCAUGGUCAUGGCCGGUGAUGCAUGUGUGGCAUGGAGCAAUGGGAGGAUCAAAGCUUGUUACCACCGAGUGGCAGUUAGAGAAGAGAGUCAAGUGAGAUACUCUCUCGGGACAUUCUCGUACAUCUCGGGGAUAAUCGAGAGCCCCGAGGAGUUCAUCAACAAAGCACACCCACGGCAAUACAAGCCUUUCAAUCACAUCGAUUUCCUUUGCUACUAUGACUCUAGUGACAACCGCAUCAAGGCCGAGAGCCUCAUCAAGUCCUACUGUGGAGUUCAGGCCAAUUAGCGCUCAUCAUUAAUUCAGAAUUAAUAUAGUCUUCGCCUGUUAAUGUGAAAUAAGAAGAGAUUGAGGAGACUGCAGUCUCUCAAUCUUCUUUGUUCUUUUUUUGUGAAAU